AUGGUGAUUAGUUACAUAAAUGAUCGUUUUCAUGAAGAGGAUUUAAUCUAUUGUAAUUCAUGCAAUACCCAAGUUGGAUUUGUUGAUGAUCACAUUGAUAUGUUGCAAAAUGGUAGAACAGGGGUCUUUAAGAGCGUGUUCAAUGUGAGGUUCCUCAACAAUGCGAAUUAUAUUCGCCAUGUAAAUGGCAAUAAUGUUGCUGAUGUUUACUGUGUCCAAUGUGGAAUGCUACUUGGGUUAAAACUUAUUGCUGUGCCCCGACCAUCCCAGGAAAUUAUGGAAGGAAGGUUCUUGAUGAAUUUGGAGAAACUUGUUUAUUGGGGUGGUUGUCGCAUGAUCUAUCAAGAACAAGAUGGAACUGCUGCUGAUAUCGAUCAAGUUCUUUAUGAACAGAAUGGACACGCCAAUGUUGAGCAUGCUCCCAUGGAUCAAGAUGGAGGUACUGCUGAACAACUUGCUAAUGCUAUGCGCAAUCUGCACACAUGAAAACCAACUUCUUUAAGGGAAAUUGGCUUCACCAAAACUUGAAUCGGUUAGAAUGACGUGAUAACCAACUACACCUUGAAACCUUUGCAGCUUCAUAUAAGCCUGAAAUGUUUCUAGGCUUUUCAGGACUUAUUUUUAUUUCAAUAAAAUAAUUAUGUACUUUUAAGCGCUAAAAUGAAUUGUUUUCGCUAAAGCUUUUACUCUCUAUUAUGUAAACUAUAUUUUUCUUGUCUUAUCAAAAAUAAUGUCACUAUUUAGGUUACCAAAACAAAAUUAAACUCAAUCAAAUCAAAUAUCCCAAAGAUGACCAACUGAUAAGAUCUAACGAUCAGGCAAAUUUUGAAAUUAGCUGCACUAUGAACUCUUUCACUCUCUUGAAAUUGUUAUUAACGCAACAAAUCAAAGGUUAUCAACUAAGAUUU